AUGGAUUAAUAACAAUUUGAUUCUGAAUUGCAGACAUAUUUUCUACACAUUAAACAUGAAAUCAAAUAAGAACACAUAGAAUAUCUGAAAAAGCACCCAGAAUUAAAUUAGAUAUUAAAUGAUUUCACAAGUUAGAUUAUUUUGGAGAAAGUAACUUUUUAAUAAUAUUUCAGCCUGAUAAUGUUUAUCAAUAUGCUAAAGAAUACUUCAGUUUCUUUAAUCAAGAAAAAGAUCUCAAGACUUGCAAACCUUUAGUUGUUUCAGGAGCCAGUGGAGUUGGAAAAGUAAUUAUAAGUUAUUAAUUGUUCUUAAUAGGGAACUUUAUUAUAGAUGCUUUUUAAACAAUAUCCACAAUAAUUUGUAUUUAGCGUGAGCUACACAACAAGAGCACCAAGACCUGGUGAAGUUCAUGGAUAACACUAUUAUUUUGUUAGUAAAGAGGAAUUCUAGAAAGAAAUUGAAAAGAAGGCAUUUUUAGAAUAUUGUGAAGUACACGGAAAUUAUUAUGGGACUCAUUUGGCUCAAGUACAAAAGGUGAUGAAGUAAGGAUAAGUCUGUGUGAUUGAAAUUGAUGUUUAAGGUGCUGAAAAAAUUAGCAAAUCUAUGCCUAAUCAGUGUAAUUAUAUUUUUGUUAAUGCUCCAUCUAUUGAGGAAUUGAGAAAGAGACUAACUGGAAGAGGAACAGAGACGGAGGAAGUCAUUGAGAAAAGAAUGAAAAACGCGGAGAAAGAGAUAGAAAAAGUACAUUAAUUAGGAUUCUAUAAUGAAGUAUUAAACGAUGAUUUGCAAAAAACCUUUAAGAAACUUAUUGAUCUUCUCAAAACCUUUUAUGUUGAUCUAAAAUUAUGA